AAACAAAUAAAAAUAGGGUGUUUUUUUUUUUGUUUGAAUUUCAAUAUGAAUAGCAGAAAAAGGUUGUCCCACCUCCAAAUCCUGAGAUAGUGAUUUCCCGGCCACCACCCCCACCGGAAACCUCGCCGACGCUGCAACCGUCUGACUCCGGCAACCCAUGGGACAGUUACUUAUCCAACACUCAACCACCAUAAGCAUUAUUACUAUUAUAUUGCAUCUUCAACCGUCCAAUUGGUUUCAGCGCAAAAUGAGCCGAUUUCUGGUCUUCGUAAACCUAACCCACCAUCACUCCUCUUUCUUUCUUUCUUUCAGUCAACCCAUUCCUCCUUCCUUCCUGCGUAUAUAAACUAUUCCAUUCCAUUUCAGAUCCCUAAAUUCUCUCAUCUUCACGUUUAGCAUGCUUCACAUUCACGUUUUUACUUUGAGUUGGAUCUCAAGCAAAACCCUCCACUUUUCACCCUUUUUCUGCCCCAAUUUCAGCCCCCUUUACAUUUAAUCACACUUUUACAACCUUCAUCUUCAGAGAAAUCAUUAUUAUUAUGUCUAUUGUUCAAUUAGCGUUUUGUUAGAUUAUAGUAAUUGGGGAUUUUUUUUGUUUUGUUUAGUUGAAGUGAAAUAGGAUUUAAAAUGAGGGUUUCUUGCUUUCCAAAGUUUAGAUUAGGGAGAAUUUUAGGUAUGAUGCAGAUUGUUCUUGGAGUGUUAGUCAUAAUCGUAAGUGUUUCCAGCUUAUUUAGGUUUUAUUCGGCUGGAUUCUUCAUGCAUAAUGAGGAUAUAUGCAAGCAGUUUUAUGGGGUUAAGGAUGUUUAUGAAGGGUUUGAUGUAAUGUCGCUUACUGCGCGUGUCAACGAGGUGCUCGAUAAAAUGCUUAGCUUACAGGAAAAGCUCGAAUCGACUGUACAAGGGUUGGAAAAGACUAAAGAUUUGGCGAUAAAGAAUGUUUCGAUGUUGGAGUAUAAAAGGUUUAUAGAAGAAGAGGUGAUUCAGCCUCUGUAUAGCGCUCAUAUCUCUCUUAGGCAGAUUCGGUUACCCACUGUUGAAAAUGGGACGACAAAUGAGGAUCCGUUUAUCAACACGUUUGUUACGGAGGAAAUUAGGAAGUAUAUAACCCCGAAGGAGAAUCGUGUAGGGAAGAAGAAUAUAUAUGGGAGUGAGAAGAUAUAUAAUAGUAUAGGGCAUGGGUGUGUGUCGGUUAAGAAAGAGCUUCAAGUGUAUAUGGAUUAUGAUAUCGGGUCGUUUUGUAAAGAUGAUUGGAAUGUAGCGCAGAGUCUUAUGAUCAAGGGUUGUGACCCGUUGCCAAGGAGACGGUGUCUCACUCGGGCUUCGAAGCUGUAUCAAAAGCCUUACCCGAUUAAUGAAUCUUUAUGGAGGAUACCUGAUGGAAGAAACGUGCGGUGGAGCAACUAUGCUUGUAGGAACUUUGAGUGCUUAUCGAGCAAGAAUCCUAAACGGGGUUACUCGAAAUGCACAGAUUGUUUUGAGAUGGAGAAGGAAAAGCUUAAAUGGGUCACAAACACGUCGUUUCCAACUGAUAUCUUGAUCAAAGACGCGUUAAGUGUCAAGCCUGGGGAGAUCAGGAUAGGGCUCGAUUUUGGUAUAGGCACGGGGACGUUUGCUGCAAGAAUGAGAGAGCAUAAUGUGACGAUUGUGACGACGGCUUUAAACAUUGGAGCCCCGUUUAACGAAAUGAUAGCGCUUAGAGGUCUGAUUCCUCUGUAUGUGACCUUGAACCAAAGGUUACCGUUUUUUGAUAACACAAUGGAUUUGAUUCACACAACAGGGUUUAUGGAUGGGUGGAUUGAUCUGCAGUUGAUGGAUUUCAUUUUGUUUGAUUGGGACCGGAUCUUGCGGCCGGGCGGGUUGUUGUGGGUCGAUCGGUUCUUCUGCAACCGGAAGGAUUUGGAUGAUUAUAUGUACAUGUUUCUGCAGUUCAGGUACAAGAAACACAGAUGGGCCAUUUCUCCCAAGUCUAAAGAUGAAGUUUUCCUUUCUGCUUUGUUGGAGAAACCUCCAAGAUCCUUAUAAGUUGUGAUCGCAAUGUUUUCAGGACUGGACCAGACCGGUCGGACAGAAACCGUGAACAUUAUGUACUAAUGGUGACUUUUUUUAGUCAUAAGUAGCAGCUGUGUUGUUCUUUUGAAUUUGGUAAAAUUUGUAAUAUUUUUGUUUUUUUAAAUUUAAAUUAAUACAGUUAAUAUUAUUAUAUCAAAAGUGUCUGGUAGUCA